UUUGUGUCCUCGUCUUUUGAUUUUCAUCUGUUCCUCGAUCGGUCCUAGUGAGGUGACUUUUGCUUUGUGUUGUUUUCGAGCUGUUCCGUAUCGGUUGACACUCGAUGACAAACAUCCUCGUACAGAAAGCAUGUCUUUAUCUUAACCCGAAACUCCCCUAAGACCAACCCUGAAACCAAAAUAUUUCUGACACCGAUGGCACAAAAACAGGUGGUAGCUUCGAAUGAAAACCGACUUGUUGACAAUAAAUUGAGAAAAAUAUAGGACGGAAAACGAGCAUUGUCUAGUACUAAAUCGCAGUUACAAAAACUAUGGUGCUUUUCUCUUCGUUAUCUUCUUUCUUUCACAACCCGUCGUUGCUCGAAAGUGGUGGUGUAGCUACCGCCUCAUCAGACGCACAGGAGUUGCACACGACCACUAAUGUCUUCGCUGGAGCUGCAAAAACAAAGAUGAACUCGUCAUCUUCUUCUUUCCUAGCAAAUGCACCUGAGCAGGAAAGCAGUACAGCAGGAGCAGCAUCAUCUUCUUCGGGCGGAGGAGCGGGUAAGAAGAAACGAAAAGGCCACUCUACUUCGUCAAAGAUAGCAUCCUCUUCAUCCUCAAAGUUAGGUGGACGAGGUGGCAAAAAGCAUCAUGGAUCUGGAGGAGGUCAUCACGAUAAAGCUCUAAAGCAAACUGUAGAUAAUCAGAAGGACGAGAAGACAUCUACACGAGCGGGGGCAACGGAGGAGGCAGACGCAGAUAGAGAUCAUCAUGGCUCGUCUGGUGCGGGUGCUGACACAGACACAGUCGAACAACAAGAUAUCUCUUCAUCGCUUGAUGCGGCAAGAAAAUCCCAGGUGCGAGAAAAUCUCGGAAAGCUACUCGAUUCUCUGGAUACGCGGAGUUUAUCACGCGAAGACUUGAAGCGAGUAUUGUUAUGAAGGUUAUAAUCAAGGAUAAGGAUGUCUUCCUCGAUUAUAAAUACAUCAAUUUCAUCGUGAUUAUCCAGCUGCAGCAUAAGAUCGAUGAAGAAGGACAACAUUAGUCGAGCCCAGGAAGAACUUCUAGCUCCCCUCCUCCACUUCAGUCUUCACCUUCUCUCCUCCUCUUCUAACCCAAGCAGCCGGUGAACGCAUAGCUCAAAGGGAAGACGUUUUAACAACUUUGUCACAGAGUGACACAUGGAGAGACAUACAUGACUUGUUUCAGACGAACUCUCCGGAUCUCAAGGACCCGGAUGUAAUUCGAGAUCUACAAUUGCUAGCAGGCGAAAGUAAAGUGGCGGGGGAGAUGGUACUACUACUUCAUCUUCAACAAGAUGAAUUCAUCGCAAAAAUGGAUGAAAGUUUCAGUUUCUUGCUGAGUUGUACCUGCUAGACAUUUUCAUUUUUCGAGGACAUGAGCUGGCUCCAUCUCCGUCUCUAUCUCAACUCGACAAAAGUAAAGGUGGUGGUAAGAAGGGUACAUUUUCAUUGUACAGCUGGCUCCAUCUCCGUCUCUAUCUCAACUACAGCACUUCGUACAUCUACUACUAUAUUUAUCCAAAUCCAGUUCCACGAAGCUCACGAAGCAGUAGGAAAUAUCCUUGCGAAAUUACAUCUGUCUCCCGAGGAAACGUCUGCAUAUCUGGACGACGUGAAAUAUGCUUCAACGGCGCUUCUCGGAGAGCAUGCACAGGAGAACAUGGACCUUGUGCAGAAAUUUCUAUAGAAAUGCCAAGCAUUCUUGGAAUCGACGAUUUGUUUCUCGUGUUUUAUUUUUAUCCUAUAAAAAGAUUGGAUCAUGACGAGUUAUUUGUUCAAGAUGAAUUCAUUGACUCCUUGUUACCGAAGUCUUUUAGCAGAACUGGUUUGUUAUGACUUCAUUUGGCAUCAUAAGAUUAACAAUGUGACACCGACAUGCGCAUCUGCCGAGGCAGAAGAUGG